AGUGUGUCCUGGCACUGAUAACAAGCUCAGCACGCUGUCGGAUUUGGACCAGCAGUACAAAACUCUUCGUAAGUUCUACGAGAACUGUGAGGUGGUCAUGGGUAAUCUGGAGAUCACCAGUAUUGAGAGAAACCGCAACUUGUCUUUCCUCAAGUCUAUCCGGGAGGUGACGGGUUACGUGUUGGUGGCUCUGAACCAGUUUGACUAUCUUCCUCUGGAGAACCUGCGAAUCAUCCGAGGCACUAAACUAUAUGAAGGACGCUACUCUCUGGCCAUCUUUCUCAACUACAGACGAGACGGCUACUUCGGCCUGAGACAGCUCGGCCUCAAGAACCUGACAGAAAUCCUGAACGGAGGUGUGUAUGUGGAUCAGAAUAAGUUCUUAUGUCAUGCUGACACCAUUCAUUGGCACGACAUCAUCAAAAACCCUCGAUCUGAACUUCUGGUGGUUCCGUCAAACAACAGCGGCAACACAUGCAGACGGUGUCACAGAUCUUGUAAUGGACGGUGCUGGGGUCACCAAGAAGAUCAGUGUCAAAGCUUGACGAAGACGGUGUGUGCGGAGCAGUGUGACGGUCGCUGUUUUGGGCCAUAUGUCAGUAACUGCUGUCAUCGUGAAUGUGCAGGAGGCUGUUUCGGACCCAAAGACACCGACUGCUUCGCUUGCACCAACUUUAAUGACAGUGGCGCCUGCGUGACUCAAUGUCCUCAACCAUUCGUCUACAAUCCAACGACCUUCCAGCUCGAGCACAAUCCCAAUGCCAAAUACACCUAUGGAGCUUUCUGUGUCAAGAAAUGCCCGCAUAAUUUUGUUGUGGACCACAGCUCUUGUGUCAGAGCCUGUCCGAGCAACAAGAUGGAGGUGGAGGAAAAUCAGACCAAGAUGUGCAUCCCCUGCACUGACAUCUGCCCGAAAGUGUGUGAUGGAAUAGGAACCGGCAGUCUUCAAAUGGCUCAAACAGUCGAUUCCAGUAACAUUGAGAAGUUUGUCAACUGCACCAAGAUUAAUGGCAACCUAAUCUUCCUUAUUACAGGCAUCAAAGGGGACAUGUUUCAUGGAAUCCGAGCUCUGGAUCCUGAUCGGUUAAAUGUUUUCCGCACCGUCAGAGAGAUCACAGGUUUCUUGAAUGUUCAGUCUUGGCCGGAGAACAUGACGGAUCUUGGCGUUUUCUCAAACCUUGCCACCAUUGGAGGACGGUCUCUUUACAGUGGUAUUUCUCUGCUGAUCCUAAAGCAGCGCUGGAUCACAUCUCUGCAGUUUCAGUCUCUGAGAGAGAUCAGCGCCGGUAACGUCUACAUGACCAACAACAGCCAGCUCUGCUUCUACAGCACAGUCAACUGGACAUCUCUGUUUCGCACCAGCACCCAGCGAGCCCUGAUCAAAAACAACAGAGAGCCCAGAGAGUGCUCUAAAGAGCAGAAGAUAUGUGAUCCACUGUGUUCAGAGGCUGGAUGUUGGGGUCCUGGUCCAGACCAGUGUCUGUCCUGCAAAUACUUCAGCCGAGGAAAAACUUGUGUCAAGUCCUGUAACUUGUAUUACGGUGAUGUUCGAGAGUUCGCCAACGGCUCGGUGUGUGUGGAGUGUGACAGCCAGUGUGAAAAAGCUGGAGAGAAAGGUUUAACCUGCCAUGGCCCGGGUCCAGAUCACUGUGUGAAGUGUCUGCAUCUCAAAGACGGGCCCAACUGUGUGGAGAAAUGCCCUGACGGUCUGCAGGGAGCAAACAGCUUUAUCUUCAAAUAUGCUGAGACCAACAACGAGUGCCAUCCCUGCCACCCCAACUGCACCCAAGGCUGUACUGGACCCCGGAUACAAGACUGUGUUGGCAUCUUGGACAGGACUCCUCUGAUUGCUGCUGGAUUAAUUGGGGGUCUCUUUGUAAUAGUCAUCAUAGCUCUCGGUGUGGCUGUUUACAUCCGCCGAAAGAGCAUCAAGAAAAAAAGAGCCUUACGUCGAUUCCUGGAAACCGAGUUGGUGGAGCCCUUGACGCCCAGCGGUGCAGCACCAAACCAGGCUCAGCUGCGCAUCUUGAAGGAAACGGAACUCAAGAGGGUCAAGAUUCUGGGAGCUGGAGCCUUUGGCAUGGUCUAUAAGGGAAUCUGGGUUCCAGAAGGGGAAACAGUGAAGAUUCCUGUGGCCAUAAAGAUACUCAAUGAAAGCACUGGACCAAAAGCCAAUGUGGAGUUCAUGGAUGAGGCGCUGAUCAUGGCCAGUAUGGAGCAUCCUCAUCUGGUGCGUCUUUUAGGGGUCUGCUUGAGUCCCACUAUUCAGCUGGUCACUCAGCUCAUGCCCCACGGCUGCCUGCUGGACUACGUUCAUGAACACCAGGACAACAUCGGCUCACAGCUGCUGCUCAACUGGUGUGUGCAGAUCGCAAAGGGUAUGAUGUAUCUGGAGGAGAGACGGCUGGUGCACAGGGAUCUUGCAGCUCGUAACGUUCUGGUUAAAUCUCCAAACCACAUUAAGAUCACUGACUUUGGCCUCGCUCGACUGCUGGACACUGAUGAAAAGGAGUACAAUUCAGAUGGAGGGAAGAUGCCUAUCAAGUGGAUGGCACUGGAGUGCAUUCAUUACAGAAAGUUCACACAUCAGAGUGAUGUAUGGAGUUACGGAGUGACUAUCUGGGAGCUGAUGACGUUUGGAGGAAAGCCUUACGACGGGAUUCCCACACGGGACAUUCCAGACAUCCUGGAGAAAGGCGAACGUUUGCCUCAGCCGCCCAUCUGCACCAUUGACGUCUACAUGGUCAUGGUUAAAUGCUGGAUGAUUGAUGCUGAUAGUCGUCCACGUUUUAAAGAACUCGCUGCAGAGUUCAGCCGUAUGGCACGAGACCCGCAGAGAUACCUCGUCAUACAGGGCGAUGAUAGGAUGAAGCUGCCCAGCCCAAACCACAGCACAUUCUUUAAGAGUCUUCUAGAUGAGGAGGAGCUGGAUGACCUGAUGGAUGCUGAUGAGUACCUGGUUCCUCAGACCUGCAAUAUCUCUACCUCUACUUACACGUCACGCACAACAAUGGAUGCCAGCUGGACUCUGAGGUGUCGUGACAGGGUUUUCAGUCCUGAAGACGGGAUGGGGGCUUGUUCUCGUGAUGUUCCUGCUUCAGCGAGUGCUGUGUUUGUUCCUGUGAGCACUCAAGCUGCGGGACUGAACGUUCUAGAGGAACAGCACUGUAACGGGAGCCUGAAGAAGCAGCAGCCCAUGUCAGGAUCAGGGGAUGACUGCGAUGGCCAGCGCUACAGUGCAGACCCGACCGUCUUUCUCGGCGAGAGGAGUCUGAAAAACACAGACGAAGAUGGAUACAUGAGCCCUAUGAACAAGUCAACCUCAGACCAUCUCAGUCCUGUCGAGGAGAAUCCUUUCGUAAACCAUCGGAAAAAUGGAAACAUUACUGCACUGGACAACCCGGGUUACCACAGCACACCUGACAAAAAAUCCAAAGCCGAAGAAGACGAAUACAUCAACGAACCCCUUUACCUCAACGCAUACAACACCACCGGUGGGACAAACCUGGAGAUCAUGAGGCGAAAUGGAUCCUCCAUCCCUCUACAGAUGACAACAGCGACCAGCGCCGCGAGCAGCCACAUUAUCCUCUCCACACAACCAGGAAAAGCCCAUCACCACGGCCAGGGAACACAUGUUCAUUUCGCCAUCCCACCUGUUCAACCCCCCCAAACCAGAGCGAUGAGCCAAAACGGCCAGCAUUCCCAGUCUUCACACGCCGUCGAGUCCAAUUCCUCAAGCAUGUCCGCCAAUCCCUCUUUAUUAUCCCAAAUCUCUCUCGUCAGUCAACAGAUCCAACCUUGUCUGGCGAGUCAGUCUCAAGUACCGAAAUCCACAGUCCCAAAUAAAAGCAUAUCCGGCCUUCCUGGUCACCUCGUUUACCCGGUUAACAUGCUUCAAACAGGACACACUGGGACUGUAAUGGCUGAUAGGAAGUCCAAGAAGAAUUUCGAUAAUCCUGAUUAUUGGCAGCACAGUUUGCCUCCAAAGGUGACCCAAGCGAACCCUCAAGACCCAACGCAGACGUGCAAAAGCAAACACCUGUACAGACACAGCAUUCGGAGUCGUUUGGCCGUGGCUGAUAACCCGGAGUUCGUAUCGGAGUUUAAUAAGAGACCAGGACCGGUUCUGCCACCUCCGCCAUACCGGCACAGGAAUACGGUUGUGUAACGUCCAGGCC